AAACACCGACACGUUUCCCACACAAAACUUCUGGACUGGCCACUAUGAGCUUCUUAAUUCCUAACAGAGGAUCAGGAGGAACCAAGAUUCCUCUCUCCAUCAUCGUUCUCGUUCUCUGUGGUUUCAUGUUCUUCAUUCUUUUAUACACCGAAAGAAUCAGCUUGAUGUCUUCUUCUUCCUCUUCGUCUUCUACUUUCCUCAAGUUCAAGUCUUGUCCGAGGAAAGAUGUUAGCUCGAAACCCAAGGAGAAAGUUCGAGAGGAGAGAUCGGAGAAUAUGGAAGUGCUCGACGACAGGUUCGACUUCGAUCCAGAAGAGUGUAAUGUGGCAGCAGGGAAAUGGGUUUACAAUAGCUCAGCCGAGCCACUCUACACCGAUGAAUCAUGUCCGUACAUCGAUCGUCAAUUCUCUUGUAUGAAAAACGGACGGCCAGAAACUGAUUAUCUUCGGUGGGAGUGGCAGCCUGAUGACUGUACAAUUCCACGAUUUAGUCCGAAGUUAGCAAUGAACAAACUCAGAGGAAAAAGAUUGCUUUUUGUCGGAGAUUCGUUGCAACGAAGCCAGUGGGAAUCGUUCGUGUGUUUGGUGGAAUCAAUAAUACCCGAAGGAGAAAAAUCAAUGGAGCGUAGCAAAAAAUAUUUUGUCUUCAAAGCAAAGGAAUACAAUGCGAGUAUAGAGUUCUAUUGGGCACCGUUUAUCGUAGAAUCGAACACGGAUUUGCCUGUGGUUUUGGAUAUGAAGAAAAGGAUAGUGAAAGUUGAUUCAGUAAAAGAUCGAGCCAAGUAUUGGGAAGGAGCGGAUAUUUUAGUUUUCAACACUUAUGUUUGGUGGAUGAGUGGUCUCAGAAUGAAAGCUUUGUGGGGUUCCUUUGGAAAUGGAGAGAGAGGUGCGGAGGCGUUAGACACACCCGUGGCAUACAGGCUAGGGCUCAAGACAUGGGCUAAUUGGGUUGACUCCACCGUUGACUCUAACAAGACCAAAGUCUUCUUCACCACCAUGUCUCCUACUCAUACUAGAAGUGCGGAUUGGGGGAAGCCAAACGGGACGAAGUGUUUCAACGAGACGGAGCCAGUAAAAGAUAAAAGGUUUUGGGGGACUGGCUCCAACAAGCAGAUGAUGAAAGUGGUGUCAAGCGUCGUCAAGCACAUGACCACGCACGUGACUGUCAUUAACAUUACGCAGCUCUCCGAGUACCGCAUCGACGCCCACACAUCUGUCUACACCGAGACAGGUGGCAAGAUCCUAACGGCUGAGCAGAGGGCUGAUCCCAUGCAGCACGCUGAUUGUAUACAUUGGUGCUUACCUGGGUUGCCCGAUACGUGGAAUCGGAUCCUACUGGCUCAUUUGUAAAUAAAGCUAGGAUACUAAGGGUAAAACGGGGAAACAUAAGUCCUCUCUCUGUCUCUGUCUCUCUCUCUCUUGUGUUGUCAGAAUUUUUGUAUCUUUGAAUGUAUGUGGUUGUGAAGUGCUAAACGAGGGGUAGAAAACUGCCAAGAAAAUCGAA